UGAGGAGAUGAGUGGAGGGUGAGCUCUCGUGGUGAGCACAAGGGUAGUGAGGCUCUAGUCGUCCCACCACACGCCCGUCAUGACACCCGCGCCACCACCCAAGUGAUCACUACUACACCGUCUACCACACUUGUUUGUGGCCUUGUGAAAAUCUAAUUGUUGUUGGAGAUAAAGUGUGGCACAUGUUGCCGAGCGUUGGCCCCGCGGGGGUGCUAGGCGGGGGUCUCCGCCCCCUGGGGCACUCUGGCCUUCCCGCCCACAGUCUGCUGGGGUCGCUGGGACCCCUGCCGCUGCCCUUCUCCGCCAUCACGUCAGCAGCGGGCACCAUGGCAGGGAUCACGACGCCCUAUGUCGUGGAGUCGCUGCUGAGAGAGCGACACCUGGCACGACCCGUGGCCACCAAGCCGCCCCUUCUGCUGCACGACGACCACCGUCACGCCGAACACUUCUAUUAUAAGGACGAUCCCGCCGCCCACUACCUAGGGUUGCUGGCACGCCCCGCGGGGCCUGACAGACUCACCCCGCCCGCCCCGCAGCCCUCACCUCCGCGCUCCAGGGACGGGGAGGAUGGCGGGGCAGGGGGCUGCGGGUGUGACGGGGACGCCCCCUCACACAGCCCCUGCCCUGACACACCCACCAGUAAACCUCACCUCAAGUUCUCCGUGACGGCCAUCCUGGGGCACGACACCCCCAGCCCCCCCGCCCGGGGCGACCACCUCCACCACGACCACCCUGACACAGAAUCCAUUGGCAGUAUAGCAGACCGUGGUCAUGGGCUGCCUCAGUUGGCCAGACCACGACCUAUAAUACACUCACCUCUACAGCCUCUCCUGUCAUGCCGACCUCCCUAUCUCAAUGUAGUAUAUGGGACUGUGGGCGGUAUGGGCGGCGUACCCUUACCUAGCACCUUCCCGUGGGCGGCGAUGGGCGUGGGAGUGCGAGGAAAGCCCCGGCGUGGGAUGCUGAGGCGGGCGGUGUUCAGCGACUUCCAGCGUAAAGGUCUGGAGGACAGGUUCCAGGUGCAGAAGUACAUCAGUAAGCCUGACCGUAAGAAGCUGGCGGAGAAGCUCGGCCUCAAGGACUCUCAGGUCAAGAUUUGGUUCCAGAAUCGACGGAUGAAGUGGAGGAACUCUAAGGAGAGGGAGCUGCUAGCCUCUGGGGGGACCCGAGAACAGACUCUCCCCACCAAAAACAACCCCAACCCGGACCUCUCUGAUGUAGGCGACGAAGUCCGGACCCCUGCUGGUAUCGCUUCCGCUAAGGAUGACUUAGGACUCCCUCCCAACGACGACCUGUACCCAAAAGAUCAUCAGGAGUUCCAGGGGCGAGGCGACGACGAUAGUUUUGUGGGUCAACAGGCCAGAGCUGACGCCUUCUCCUCCUCGCUGGCGUCAUCCAUCCCUGCUAAAAUACAGAUCAAGGACCUGUCGUCACUCUCUAACUACGGUAAGGCGACGGGGCCGUACGCCUUCCCGUACCAAGAGGCUGAUGGUGACUAUUCUGACGAGGACAUCAACGUUACAGAUGAACUGGUGGGGUCUAAUAACGAGGACAGCGAGAACGACUAGUCCUCGACGUCUCGAGGGGGUCUUAAUAAUAAAAAGCUUUCUUGAUCAGACGGGCUUUUUCGAUGACGUUAUUCUGGUGUUGAUGGGCCGAGGUGAACCACAUGUUACAGUGGGUCACCCGCGUCUGAUUCAGAAUGGACUUUCAGAACGCCCAACUUUGUCAUGUGUCAAACUUGUUAGUACGGUCGACCUGUGGCAGCCAUCUUUCCUUGAUGUUGACUCUGAGGUCGUUCCUGUUAAGGCCAUCCCCAUACCUGUAGCAAGAACUCCUGCCGUCACCCACGCCACCUGUAGAGACGCCAGCCCGCCAUGAACAUUUUAGGGGCACCAGUGUUCAUUAUCACCGGUUUUCCCACCCUUAAAAUGUAACUUUGGAGGGAUUACGUCCCAUCUCUGGAGCCUUUAUGUCCUUACUGCAGACCUCACCACAAAACAAUAUAAGAGAAUCCAAUCCAAAACUUCGACUCCCCGCGAACCUUUAAAAUGAGGGACAUGGAAUUCUAGCAAGAAAACAAAAACAAGCCUGGAGUACUUAACACCUUUCACCUGUACCCCGGGGUCUAGCAGGUGGUGUGGGGUGGCCAGGUGAGGCAGUACCUGGGGGCGGUAACUGCCCAGGUCCACCGUAACUCUACCUGCGUGUUCUACGAUAAUAUUGUGAUAUAUGAUCAUAUGGUUUAUCUUUUUACGCUUAUUAUACUUUCUUCCCUCGUAUUAUUUUUUUGUAAAUAUGUUUUGCGUUAUGGAGCCGAGUGGUGGUAGGAGAGAGAUAACAGGAGGAGAAGAAAGAAAAGUAGGAGAGAAUGACGAUGAUGAAGGCAGAGAAAGAGGAGGAGGAGGAGGAGGAGAAUCCGACUCAGAGACAGACAGUUCCCCCUCCCUCCUUCCCUGCCGUAGGCGACCUCUGCUAGCACCGACUCCCUCAUUAGUCUCUCUCCGGACUAUGCAAUGUUCCUCCUACACCGCCACCUUCACCAUCGUUCCUGUGACGUGAGCUUCUCUAAAACUCUCAAAAUAUUAAGCUUUAAUCUCCUCAAGAAAAGUCAGUUGAUUAUUACUCUACAACUUCAAGAAAACAAAAACAACAACUCAUAAGUAAUUUUCAGGUUGCCUUGUCAAAACUCAAACUACUUACGCCGCCGUGAUCUGACAGUGAUCAUUGUGGUGAGUGUUGUAGGAAGUUCAAGGGUCAGGGACAGGUAGGGUGUGUGGGCCUCAGAGCGUCAUGUAUAAACUCCCUCUACCACAGGUCCAGGGGGCGUGGCUCAACGUGUGUAGCGCCACGCCCCCUCUUGUCACCUUUGAACAAUAAACAUAUCAGAGUUA